AUGGCGUGUUUAGAAUGCAUCGAUGAUAAGAUGUGUGCUGUUUUGGAUGGUCCUCCAUUUAUAAAGAAUAAGCUUUCUCAGGUUUUGGUUACUUUGAUUUACUUUGAGUACCCUUUGAUUUGGUCAUCGGUUUUCGUUGAUUUCUUGCCACAUUUGAGUAAAGGGGCAGUGGUGAUAGAUAUGUUUUCUCGAAUUUUGAAUGCAUUAGUUGAUGAAUUGGUUAGUGUGGAUUAUCCACGGACACCUGAGGAAGUGGCGGUUGCGGCAAGGGUUAAGGAUGCAAUGAGGAAUCAGUGUGUGCCUCAGAUUGUUAGAGCAUGGUAUGUCAUUGUGUCUAUGCAUAGGAAUUCGGAUCCCGAAAUAUGUGCUACUGUUUUGGAUUGUAUGAGGAGGUAUGUUUCCUGGAUUGACAUUGGGUUGAUUGUGAAUGAUGCAUUUAUUCCACUUUUGUUUGAGUUGAUUUUGGUCGAUGGAAUAGCAGCCUUGAUUACAGGGUAUGCUGUUGAGGUUUUAGAGUGUUCCAAAAGGGUGAACUCAGAAGAUGGUAAGCUGGUUUCCGCAGAGCUUUUAGAUGAAGUUUUGCCAACAGUUUUCUAUGCAAUGCAGACUUGCGAGAUGGAUGCAGCAUUUAGUAUUGUCCAAUUUCUUUCGGGUUAUGUUGCUACCAUGAAAACCGUUUCUCCUUUGCAAGAGAAUAAAAUGCUUCACAUAAGUCAGAUACUGGAAGUGAUUCCUAAUGCUAUUAUAUCUUCAUCAAACAAGAAUGUUGAAGAGGUAGAAGUUGCCCUUUCCCUUUUGUAUGCCCUUGGAGAGUCUAUGAGUGACGAGGCAAUGAGGGUAGGUAAUGGACUAUUAAGUGAACUGGUCACAAAUCUGUUAUCAACAAGAUUUCCUUGUCAUUCAAAUAGGGUAGUUGCCCUAGUGUACUUGGAGACAAUAGCAAGGUAUAUGAAGUUCAUCCAGGAGAAUGUACUAUAUCUUCCUUUACUUUUGGCUGCCUUUCUUGAUGAAAGAGGUAUACACCAUCCAAACAUCUAUGUGAGUCACAGGACCAGUUAUCUGUUCAUGAGGGUUGUUAAACUGCUGAAAUCGAAGCUUGUACCUUUCAUAGAGACAAUUUUGCAGAACUUGCAAGAUGUCGUCGCUCGAUUUACAAGUAUGAGUUUUGCGUCUAAGGAACCUACAGGAUCUGAAGAUGGUGCUCAUAUUUUUAAGAGAGAGAAGCUCUCGUUUUCUCUCGUCGGAAGAGAAAACCGGCAUCCGUUUCCGACGCCGAUCGCCAUCGCCGGCCACCGCUCACGGAAAUGGUGGCCAUUUAUAAGCCUCGUCGAGAGGCUCCUCAGACCGGUCCAAAGGAUGAAAGGCUCGAGGCGUCGUGGUAGUACUGAAGCGUCGGCAACGGACGUGUGGCCUUCUGGAAUUAAUGGCGGCGGCUGA